GCUCCUCGGCGGCGCAUGCGCAGAUCGGGCGGGAUCGGGCCCUGAGCGAGCGGUCACCCCUGGCCCCCCUGGCACCAUGAGUAGCUCCGAGGAGGUGUCCUGGAUCUCCUGGUUCUGCGGUCUCCGCGGCAACGAAUUCUUCUGCGAGGUGGACGAGGAUUACAUCCAGGACAAGUUUAACUUGACGGGGCUCAACGAGCAGGUCCCGCACUACCGGCAGGCACUCGACAUGAUCCUCGACCUCGAGCCCGAUGAGGAACUUGAGGACAACCCCAACCAGAGCGACCUGAUCGAGCAGGCGGCCGAGAUGCUCUACGGCCUCAUUCACGCCCGCUACAUCCUCACCAACCGUGGCAUUGCACAAAUGCUGGAAAAAUACCAACAGGGGGACUUCGGGUACUGUCCCCGCGUCUACUGCGAGAACCAGCCCAUGCUGCCCAUUGGGCUGUCGGACAUCCCCGGGGAGGCAAUGGUGAAGCUUUAUUGCCCCAAAUGCAUGGACGUCUACACCCCCAAGUCUUCGCGGCACCACCACACCGAUGGCGCCUAUUUCGGCACCGGUUUCCCCCACAUGCUUUUCAUGGUUCACCCUGAAUAUCGCCCCAAGCGCCCCGCCAACCAGUUUGUACCCAGGCUCUACGGCUUUAAGAUCCACCCCAUGGCAUACCAGUUGCAGCUCCAGGCCGCCAGCAACUUCAAGAGCCCCGUCAAAACCAUUCGCUGAGACGGGGGGGCCCCCCAAAACGCCCCUGAAAUUGUUUUCUUCUGCCUUUGUUGUUUUAUUUCCCAUGGAUUUGACCCAAAAAGAUGAAAAGAUACAA